AGCUUCAGGAACAUCCAAAGGACAGUGCCAAAAAAUGGAUAUCAUUUUUGUAUUGGACAGGUCUUCUAGUAUACCAGAAGCUGAUUAUGAUUUGGUGCGGAUAUUUUUAACAUCUCUCGCAGAAAAACUAAGGGUUGGGGAAUUAAAUAGCAAAGGCGAAGUUAUCGGUCAAGCAGCUAUUGUCACCUUCAGCGAGGUAGGUACCAGGAGAAUCACCCUGCAGCAAAGCCGAACUCCUGGCCGUUUUGCUCAAAUCGCGAGGACGAUGCCUGGACCAGAGCAAGGAGGUCGAACAAAAACACAUCAAGGGUUAGCAGUUGCCGACAAAGAAGUCGUCAUUAAAUCAGCUGGAUAUCGGGAAGAUCAAUCUGACGUGGAAAAAAUCUUCAUGGUAAUCACAGACGGUAAACAAACACGUGAAUCUAAACGAAGGGGCUAUGUAUACGUCAAAGAAGCUAUGCAACCGUUCUUCCGACGUAACAUGAACGUGUUUGCGGUCGGCGUUGGAUUAACAGACGAAAGUGCGAAACGACAAGUAAGAGACAUGGUGCAGGUACAAGAAAAUGCGAUUCUUGCAAAAACUUUCAAGGAAUUAACCGAGACUGUGAACACUUUCAUACAGAGGUUUUGUCCAGGUAAUAUAAACUAAACAUUCGUGACUAACACGGCAACGAUGACAUUAAAGCUCGCUGCUAAAGUUCUCUAAUAACUACUCAAUUAACAACUGACAACUAAGACAACAAAACUCGCAACAGCAACAAUAAGGACCGAUGACAAUUAUCCACUCUGUACUCUAGUUCAGAGAUGUAUUGAUCAAAUUAAGAAACCGUGUAAUCCAAGCUUAAAAAUAGACGUACAUAUUAAACACGUGGCAUGUUGUAAUUAUCAUCGACAUUAUUAUUCUGAUAUUCUUCUGAAAUGUUGCUGUGUUCCAUUUCUCUCCAUCUAUAGUUAAAUCGUCCUUGAUGUUACCUCUACCUAUUGUUUAAUGUUCAUCACGUUUUCGUUUUCCAUCUUUUUUUCUUUUGUUAAUUGUCCAUAGAGUAAUACCGUGUGCACCUCUUCAUUUAAAGUGUGUAAACUUAACAUUUCACUCAUGCUUUCUUAUCGUCUCGCCCAGUUGGUUUCCGCUUUACCUGCCAUAUUAUCAUAUAUACUCUUGGAUAUUACCUUUAUACAAGACAUCUCUACCACUUCCGAUUAACUUGUCGUAUCUAUCAAAUCAAGUUAGGGUAAAUAAAAACUCUUACUUAUAAUAUGUUCGCACUUUUUUUGCAAUGCAAUUUAGUUCCUUCAGUGUGUGGUGCUAGUGACGACUGUGCCCCGCAAGCGACAUGCGCAGACAUUGCAGGUGGCGAGUACCAGUGUACAUGUAACGAUGGAUAUGUUGGAAAUGGAAAGUUUUGUCUUAGUAAGUUUAUAAACAAUACGAUCGAUUUUUAACUAUAUCUAUUCUAUUUUUAACUAUAUCGAUUCUGCUCAUGCAUGUAGUGAUAUACCGUAUCUUCUGUCGGAUUCACAAGAAGUCAAAUUGUUGUUGCGAAUAAUAUAGUCUCAACAAGAUUUCUAACAAAAAUAUAUCGGCAUUACUUAUUUUAAAAGUGUUUUUUUUUAAAUCUAAUAUUCGAGAUAUUUGGGUCUGAAAAAUGUUAACGCAUAACUUUAAACUACAAAACGUAAGAUCACAUGCGCAAACGUACAGUCAGUUUUACUUUAAUAUGCGUUGAGACCCGAGCUUUAGUCGCAAAUUAGCUAGUUACUCGUACGUAUUAUUUAAUUCUUAAGAAUUAAGUAUAAUAAGAUGAACAAAGGUGUGUUGCAAUUUGUGAUUAUUCAAAUCAUUCCAUAUAUCAUGAGUUAUAUGAUUGUUUAAUUUAGUUCCUCCUGUGUGCGGUUCUGAAAGAGACGACUGUAAUCCUUUCUUCGCAACGUGCACAGAUACAGGUUCAGGUGAAUAUGAAUGCAAAUGUAUAACAGGCUACACAGGAGAUGGCAAGACAUGCAUAGGUAUGUAUCAGGAUUGUUAUAACCAGUUAAACACUCAUUAAACACUCAUUAUUCAUAAAUAAAUAAUGUUACGUGAAAUGGCUUUGUACCUGAUAAAACCCCCUUAUCAUGUCCUCUUUAUUAUAUAAAGCUCAUCUUAAUUACUACUAUUUCAUAUAUUAAGAAUACUAGUGAGACGGCAAUCAAAGCACUUGUAGUACGUCGUAAUUAGUACCCAAUUAGGUGGAGGCUCUUACCUCCUCUCUUAAUCACAGUCAGCCUCGUACCCAGGCUCUUUAGUAAUUAAUAGCGUUCUGAGCUCACCCAGAGCUCAGAACGCUAUUAAUUACUAAAGAGCCUGGGUACGAGGCUACAUUACAGUGGCGUAACCACUAUUGGCUCAGACCGGGAGAACCCGGGGGUCCCCAACCCCAAUGGGCCAAAUUGGGGCCCCCAAGCUUAGGCGAUAGAGCAAAAACGUUGGUCAGGGCCUCUGAUAUGUUACAAUGUCGUUUUCUGACCAUCAGAGUUCUGUAAAAUCCCCAAAAACCAGGAAAUGGCAUUUCAGAGAGUCUAGAUUAAAAAAUUCCUAGAAACUCCCUAGGACUCCCUAGCAAACUCGUGCACAUACGGCGCCUCGACUCGUGCCUUUGGCACUUCUACUAGGGGGCCUUCGAAAAUUUUGAACCGGGGGCCCCCUGAUAUAACGUUACGCCACUGAUCCAUUAUGGGACGGUGAAUUGAUCCUUGAUAAUAGUUAUUAUCAUAUAGCAAAUGUCAUAGUUCAAUUUUCCUGUUUGGCGAUUGGACAAAACGAUAUCACGUGCCGUUUCACAAAACUUUGGUGAGGAGGCAACCGGUCAACAAUUAAAUAAUUAUUGACCGGUCAAUAGUAAAACCGGAAGUGAGUCGCGAGCUCCGGCAAGUUCAAAGUUCUUUCAAGAGUUUGAGCAUGUCUGCCGGUCGGCUUGCAAGCCGUUCAGAAGAAGACGUCAUUAAUCUAUUAUUAAGACAUAAAAAGACAGAUUUCUAUCAUCGGAAUACCAAAAAAAUCACUUAUUUACUGAGACGGAGGGAAACAGCGUGUUUGGUGGCCCCGAGACCGCCGUUGUUGCCCGAGGCGAAGUCGAGGGCAAACAACGGCGGUCGAGGCGAACAGCUCGCGCUUCACUUCCGGUUUUAUUAUUGACCAGUCAACAACUCAUUGUUGACCGGUUGCCCCUUCACUAAAGCAUGCAUGUGGACUGGCACGUGAUAUAUUGUUGACCAAUCAGCAAACAGAAAAAUUGAACUUUGACACUUGCUAUAUAUUAAUAAUUUUAAAAUACUUAUUUAAUGAGACCUCGGGAAAACAUUGUGUCUUGUGGCCCUUUGACUGAUCUUUAACUUCGCCUCGGGUAAUAACGGCGGUAUUGGAGCCCCAAAACACGCUGUUUCCCUCGGUCUCAGUAAAUAAGUGACAAUUAUUUAUUUGAAAGAAUUCGUGGUUUUUGAUUGGCUUUUGAACAGCAACAGCCAACUGUGAAAUCGUCAUAUCGAUUAAUUUUUAUUGCAUAAUAUUAAACGGAGUGACGUCAUAUCAACGUUAUUAAAUUAACGAAAGGUUUGGAAGCGUCUUAAAUUAACGCACUUAUGAAAGGAAAAAGGUACGAUUUUCUGUAAAUGGAAACAAGAAUUGAUCAUUAAUCAUUAUUUCGACGAAUGAUACUCAUGGGUACCGAUACGGAUAUCUAUUUUUCACUUUUAAAUACGGUUUUCGCAUGAUAUGAAGAAUUUCCAAGGCUUCAGUUUGUGCUAUCAACCUCAGACUUAUAUACCGAAAUAUGUGCAUUAAAUGGGCUGGAUUUCAUUUUCACUCUAAUUUUCCCAAAUCCAAUAUAUCGUCAUCUUUCUGCGUUGACGUCGGCGUUUUAUCUAAAUUAUUAUAAUUUUUUAUUUCAAUAAUUUUAAUAUUGCAGCCAUUGGAGUUUGAUGCACUUCAAGUGAUGUACAACUCUUUGUCUUCACCCAAAAACAUAUCCUCAUCUUUCUAUUCUGCAUCUACAGAUCACUAUAAAUCUCUAAUGAACUUUAAAUAUUUUGUUUUGUGAAAACAUCAGUUAGAACUCUUUAUUUGUUCAGAAAAAUUUUCAUUUUAUUCUUGGGAUUCAAUCACGUGAUGUUUUGGCAUAAUUUGACUCAAGUGGGUCAAUCAUUGAACUCAGGUCAACUAAAAUAACAAACACAGACCCUUGUCCUCCGUGACGUCAUAUGGAACCUAGAAUAAGUCCGAAUUUUCAUCUGUGCAAAUAUAAUAUCUUUUGUAGUGGAUAAAAUAUGUGGUACUUCAAAAGAUGACUGCCACCGAUAUGCUACGUGCACAGAUAUUGAACCUGGAAAGUAUGAAUGUACAUGUAAUAUCGGAUACUCUGGAGAUGGGAAAACUUGUAUAGGUGUGUAAAUUAUAAUGUCAUAUAAUUAACAUAUAUUUGUCCUAAUGUGCAAGUUAAAGUUAUCUUGAAAUAGUCGCCCAACCUGUGUGCUCAUUCUUGCCAUACGUUCUACAAUAAUAUAACUGAAUGAUAAGGUACCAUGUUCAUCCUAAAAAGUGAAAAUACCCCCAACCAUAGGCGUACGGGAAGGAAUAAAUUAGGGGGAGGAAAGAAAUUUGCCCGACUUUUUCCCAUUGUGCCCGACUUGUCAAAAACAUUGGGGUGAUGACUAAAAAAAUUGGGAAUGUAUUAUUUAUCAUUUAUAGACCCUCCACUCGGGGGAUUCGGCGAAAUAUUACCCGAAGUGAUGAUAUUUCCCGAGGGGCUUUGCCCCACAUCAUUGAGGGUAAUAUUUCGCCGAAUCCCCCGAGCGGAGGGUCUAUAAAUGAUAUUUUAUACCGAAAAUUAAUGCCUUCAAGUUGAGAAUUAAAAACUUGACACAUACGUACCUUUAGCCUGCGCACAGGCUAUAUAAUGAUAUGUCAUUAUAUAGUCUGCGCGCAGGCUAACGUACCUUCGGCUUCGUGAAUACGAUGUUUUAUUUUCGGAUUAAAGCAAGUAUCAUCGCUUUGCUGAUACUUACUGAUACUUUAUUUAAUUAAUUAAUUAAAAGACGUUUACAAAAUACAAUACUAUCCGCUAAUAGCUUAGUUAAUCGAGGCAGAUAGCAAAUUAACAUUCCUGUAUAGUAUAUAUUUACAUGCUCAUGAGUUAUAUUAACAAAAGUUGUGGAUAAUAUAUAUAAGCAACCAAUUCGAUUCUGAUCUAUGGGAAAUAUUUAGAACCAAAUUAUAAAUAGGAAAAACUAUACACACAAGACAAUAAUUUCAUUGUUUAGCAAUCAAUUGUAUUAACGUAGGCACACCAACAUAAUCGUCCUCAAGUUUUAGUACAGUUAAGAGCGUUUUAUGGAUAGUUUUAAUAAACUUGUUUUUUCCAAAUUCACGUACAUUAUCAGGAAUAUUAUUCCAUAUUUUUGCACCGAGUUUAAAUCUUUUUGAAUAAAACUUUUUGUUUAAAUCUUUUAAAUCUUUUUGCACCGAGUUUAAAUCGUUGAGUUUAAAUCUAAAAUAUCUUAAUAUUUCUCUUAUAUUAGUUUCUUUGCAUGUGUAGUUUGUUACUUUUGUAAAUAGUUUGAUACUUUUUUAUUAGUAAUUAGUCGACUAGUAUAGGUACACGUCUCCAUUGAAGAGCACAUAACAUAACCUGUGAAAUGGACCUCGUGUUUUAAAUAAAGAUGUCAAUCAAUUAUGUUUGUUUAAUCUUGAUUGAGUAUUGAAUGUAAAAAUUGUUAGCUGUGCGCAUGCAAUGUCUAGUGUUAUGGGUGUACAUAUAUAUAUAUAUAUAUAUAUAUAUAUAUAUAUAUAUAUAUAUAUAUAUAUAUAUAUAUAUAUAUAUAUAUAUAUAUAUAUAUCUUGGACUUGAAUAACUUAGAUUCUUGCACUUCACUUGGUGGAAUUAAUAUUAGGAUGUUAGGGUUUGUAAUCCAAGUGAGAAUAUAUACAUUUUAAGACCUAACCAGGAACGACUGCGAAAAAUGCAGCACAAGGUCCUCUGGUAGGAAUUGAACCUACGGCCCUGCGAUUCCAGUGCAGCACUCUAAGCAACUGAGCUACAGAGGCCAGCUGUUGAGCUGAAACCGUAAGUUCAUGUAUAUAUAGGUAAUCGGGUGUGCGGGUUGUGAUAAGGUGGACUUGAAUAACUUAGAUUCUUGCACUUCACUUGGUGGAAUUAAUAUUAGGAUGUUAGGGUUUGUAAUCCAAGUGAGAAUAUAUACAUUUUAAGAUCUAACCAGGAACGACUGCGAAAAAUGCAGCACAAGGUCCUCUGGUAGGAAUUGAACCUACGGCCCUGCGAUUUCGGUGCAGCGCUCUAACCAACUGAGCUACAGAGGCCAGCUGUUGAGCUGUAACCGUACGUUCAUGUAUAUAUAGGUAAUCGGGUGUGCGUGUUGUGAUAAGGUGGACUUGAAUAACUUAGAUUCUUGCACUUCACUUGGUGGAAUUAAUAUUAGGAUGUUAGGGUUUGUAAUCCAAGUGAGGAUAUAUACAUUUUAAGACCUAGCCAGGAACGACUGCGAAAAAUGCAGCCCAAGAUCCUCUGGUAGGAAUUGAACCUACGGCCCUGCGAUUCCGGUGCAGCGCUCUAACCAACGGAGCUACAGAGGCCAGCUGCUGAACUUACGGUUACAGCUCAAAAGCUGGCCUCCGUAGCUCAGUUGGUUAGAGCGCUGCACCGGAAUCGCAGGGCCGUAGGUUCAAUUCCUACCAGAGGACCUUGUAUUGCAUUUUUCGCAGUCGUUCCUGGUUAGGUCUUAAAAUGUAUAUAUUCUCACUUGGAUUACAAACCCUAACAUCCUAAUAAGUGCAUAUAUCUUGCCUGGAUAAAACAAUCAGAAAUUGCAGACGGGCAAGAACUAUUAGAGACAUCGUACAUUAAGUUACACACUGUUUUAUAAUACAGCAUAUUCAAAGGAAGGAUAUUUAAAUUAUUAAACAACGGGAUGGCGUGUUCGUUAUUACUUUUAAAAUUAAUCAGGCGCAAAGCCCGUUUUUGGAGAAUAAGAAUCUUAUUUAAACAAACAUUUGAUGCCUGUCCCCAUACAAUUAUACCAUAGGUUAUAUAUGGCAGUAUUAAACAUUGAUAUAUGCUAAGUAAGGUUGAAAGAGGCACGAAAUGUCUAAGCCUUGUAAGUAUUCCAAUUGAUUUACUUAUCUUAGAUGCAAUGUUUUCUAUAUGAUACUUCCAGGUAAGGCUACUAUCAAUUAUUACUCCCAGAUAUUUGAUAAAUUCUUUGCACUCAAUCUCAGUUAGUUUGUUUGUAUUAUUGUUAAACAUUUUUAUGCUGACUUGGAAAUUAAGCUUUUUUUGAUAUGGACGAAAAAUAACGUAAUUCGACUUUUUUAAAUUGAGUGUUAAUUUAUUCGCAUUUAGCCAUUCGUAAACUGCUAUUAAUUCUUUGUUGACAACUGUUUCAUGAGAUGUUUCACUCAUUAAUAAUACUAUUUUCUUUCGAAUCACAUAUCGUUUGGAAUAUUAAUGACAACAUUUUUCAAAAUUUGCUUCAAAGUUUUGAAAAAGCCCCAGGUUUUACGUUUAAAAUUUAAUUAUUCAUCACUCAUUAAUAAUACUAUUUAUAUUUUGUCGGCCAUCUUGUCGUCAUGCGUGUUGUCUCGCGUGGUCUACGAAUAAUGUUCAACCCCAUGUUCCCUAUGUUCUCUGGGGAACAUGGGGUGGAACCAUAGAUAUAAGAAACAUUGUCAAAAGGAACGCAGGCUUGCUAAUUGAUGACGUAAGGCGUGAUAUCGCGAUUAAUUUCAUGCUCACGUGCCACAAACUAAGCUUCCUGAUUGGACAAUAUGAAGUUGAGGUAUAAUAUUAAUAUAUAUUAUAUUUUUCGUCCAUUUUCGACUAUUAUAUAGCAUAUUUCCCCCAAUCUUGACAGAAUUUCUCAAUUAUAUAGCAUAUUUCCUCCAAUCUUGAGAGACUAUUUCUCAACGCCUAUGCCCCCAACAUAUUACUACAGGUGUACUUGCAUGGAGUUCAAAGUCAACGUUUCAACACAGACUUUCAUUACUUUUUAGCCAUUGCCAUUGCAUUUGACACUCUAACGUACGACAUCAGUGAAGAAGAUAAAAAAGCAAUUGUUCAAAUUUCUGUUCAGUCUGGCGAAAUAACCACUCCUUUGACAAUUAAGUGAGUAUAACUACCGUCGUUAUGUUCAUAACUUGAUCUUUUAUGAACAAAUAUAUAACUGUAGACUGCGUGGUGCAAGAUCAGAGUUUUUUAAGUUCCUAUCUCCGAGCCAACGGCGCGGAGCGCCUUUCCGGGCGUAAGCCCGGGGCGAGGGUACUAAAGGAAAGCAUUAGCGAAGUCUAAAGUUCAUCAAUGAUCGCGGACUUGGGUUUCCGGGGCGAGGGUAUUAAUUCCACGCGGCUAUUUACCCCCGGGGGAAAGGAAAGCAUUAGCGAAGUCUAAAGUUCAUCAAUGAUCGCGGGCGUGGGUUACCGUACGUGUUUGGGUGAGUGGUCAUCCUCACUGAUCUCAAAAUAUAGCGGACUGUCAUGAAUACCGAACACUGAUUGGUUCAAUCAGAGGCAGCCCAGCAAAUAUGUGUGUUCACUUAAAAAUGCAUUAUACGCUUAAAAAAUACGUAUAUAGUUCGUCUGAAUAUAGUUCGUCUAUCAACCGAUUUAUUUGUGUAGGUCAUUAUACAUUGGAAUCUGCAUGUAUAAUGAGCUACACAAUAAAUCGCUUGAUAGCAAAUUCAGACGAACUUUAUACGUAUUUUUAAGCGUUUAAUGCAUUUUUAAGUGAAUACACGUAUUUUCUGGGCUGCCUAUGGUCCAAUUUAAAAUUUGCAUUAUAACGACUGCAUGACGACAGCGAAAUAUUGGAAAUAACAAACAUUUCUUGUCUCUUGAUUUGAUGAUUUCUUGCAAAUAUAUUUCAUUUUUGCAAGAUUUUGUAAAUUUCAAAAGCUUCUUGAGAAAAAAAAGGCGAAAGAAUUGUUAAAAGAAGGGAGCAAAGGCGCCGAUGUUAAACGACGGUAAGUUUGUUUUAAAUAUUGAUGUAUAAUAUUGUUUGCUUUAUAAUUGCUUUAAAAGCUGAUCGUUGCGUAUAUUUUAAAUGAAAAAAGACUAGCAUAUAAUUUCAGUGUAUCUUUAUUGAUUACCCUUUUUUAUUAUAUUAAAAUUUUUAAAUAAAAAAGAAAGCAAAGACAGUUAUUUGCAUGCAUGCGAAAAUUUCAAAUCACUUUAUUUCAAACUCAAAGACAAAGUUUAUCGAUAAAGGGUUUAGUUUUAUAAAGAACAUUUUUAAAACGUUUUGCGAAACGUUGAAUUUUAUUGUGGUUGAAUUUUACCUUAAAUUGAGGCUUAUAUUACGUAUAAUAACAUACCUAACAUUAAAAGUGAUACUUUUAGGAUUUUUUUUUUUAAAAAGUAAUCUUAAAAAAAUUAUCGUGUCACCAUAACAACUACUUUAAAUCUUCUUGUUCGGAAAAUACAAUGGUUUUGUCAGCAAGGCGAGGGUUUCUGCAUGUAUGUAUUUUCUAAUAGUUCAUAUGAAAUAUGCAUUAUUUCAUUCAUAGUCAAAAACAAAAUACACAAAGAGAAUAUAUCUUGUUUCUAAUUAAUUUCUCUACUUGUAAUUAAGUUGUGAUACUUUGUUAUUGUUUGUUGGUAAUAAUUUUUAGUCAUAUUACCAUCAUCAUCGCUAUUAGUAUAUACAUCAUCAUCGUUAUGAACGUCGCUAUACCUAAAUUUUCUGGAGUCAAAUAUUUUACUAGAGUGUCUCGAUGUACUGCUGAAUUUGAUUUCUAAGAAAAGAGCCCGAUUAAAUUAGUAAAAAUCUGAACAUUUAGCAUUAAUGCAUUAUGACAUGGAAUUCAUAACAUACAGUUCCAUACUUAGUAGUUGGGUUUUCUUUAUCGCAUCUUUUAGUCUCAACACACUACCUGGUACAGCUGGAGAGGCAGAUUUUACUGGAAUAUCCAGAAGUGUAACAUUUCAAUCCGGGCAAUCUGGUCCCAUAUCGGUGGAAAUUGAUAUAGAAGAUGAUACGCUAAUUGAACCGACCGAAGCAUUUCAGGUAGCUCUAAAAGAUCCGUCUUAUCCCAUACAAAUUGGCCAACCUGCAACAGUGAACAUCCUUGAUAAUGACGGUAAUAAAAUGCUUUUUACACACAGUUGUUUUUUUCUAGUUAUAUUAAUUUAUUUAGCUUAUAGCAAAAAAAUUGCCCAUAUUGAAACGUCAUGGCACAGAAUAAAGACACAGAAUAGAUACAAACAGAAGAUCGUCUUCUUGGUUUCUAUGGUUCCUAUGAUUUUGGCACAGAAUAGGAAGGUAUAGCAGAAGCGUAACUCAAGCAAGUAUUUGUCCGCGUUUUUACAAGCGAUUCGUCAUCAAUCACGCCAUCCUGGCUAGUACAACCGGCACUUUGUACCUACCAAAACCUGAUAAAAACUUCCGGCUGUACUAGCCAGGAUGGCGUGGAUUGGCGUGAGCGAGUUAAAAUUUUCGUGGACGUCAAACAAUAAGGAAAACGACUAGAGUUACGCUUCUGCUAUAACUUCCUAUUCUGUGAUUUUGGCAUAACCCUAAUUCGUCAUCAAAAUGCUGACGCCAUGGUCCUAGCCAAGUGUGCUUAUGAGGCAUUCACUCCCCUGAUAAUAUUCAAAAUGGUGGACGUUCCGUGACUGAAUGCCUCUCAUAAGCGCACUGGCUAGGACAAUGGCGUCAGCAUUUUGAUGACGAAUCAUGGCGUGGCAGCGGUUACGCUUUUUUGGCUGAGUCGACCUACUGUGUGUCUUUAUUCUGUGAUAAACACACACAUAAGCUCGACUCAACCAAAAAUGUAACCGCUGCUACGCCACGAUUCGCAAUGAUUUGUCAUCAAAAUACUGACGCCAUGGUCCUAGCCAGUGCGCUUAUGAGAGGCAUUUACCCCCUGGACGUCCGUCAUUUUAAAUAUUAUCCGGGGGUGAAUGCCUCUCAUAAGUGCACUGGCUAGGACUAUGGCGUCAGCAUUGUGAUGACGAAUUACGGUUACACCAAAACCAUAGGAAAAACCAAGAAGAAAAGGAAAACCUUCCGUUUGUCUCUAUAUUCUGUGGUCAUGGUUACCAUGGAAACGAAAAUGACGUCAUUGUCGGUAAACAUUUCGUACCUUUAGUAUUCUAUAACUCAGAUAUAGUAUAAUUUACUUUUCAACAAGUGAAAUUGUUCAAACAUUCCGCCCCAAAUUGUAAAGUUUCCAAUUGCCAAAAAAGAGUAGGAAGUCACCUUAAAAACUUUAAAUCGUAAAAUCUUUAUUUUAGAUCUCUAUUUUAAAAGUCUUUAAAUGCGGGAAUUUGUCGAGGUUUGAAAUCAAAAUGAGUGUAUAUCCAGCUCUAUUUUGAUAUCAUGAUAAGCAUAACAUGCCUCCUGCAUAGAAACGAAUUUCCCUUUGUUAAUAUUUGGCCUCUACAUACAAGACUGCAGUAUAAAUAUAAUUAACACUAUUAUCUCACUGUGAUAUAAUGCGACCGGAGCAAUAAUCUCUAACGUUUUACAAAUAAUUUUUCGUUUGCAGAAGCUGUUAUUGGUUUUACCAAAGAUGUUUACCAAAUUUCUGAGGAUGCAGGAAAAGCUAUAGUUGGAGUUAGUUUUCUUUCCGGAGAAGCCGCAUUUCCAGUGACAGUUAGGUAAGAUUAAUUGAAAUACAGCCAAACAUAUCUAUUGGCAAAAUUGUGUGAUCGGCAUUUCUUGUGUGAAUUAACUGGGCUGCUUUUUACAUGUUAUAUAUUAUUUCAAUAAAAAACAGCCAAAUGCAGGAACUUGUUUGGCGGGAAACACCAAACAAAGCAAUUAAGCUUUGAUUUGAUCCUUCAUCUUAUAAAAUUUCAAGCAUCGAUUUAAGAUAUUAGUUAAUUUAAAAUCUUUAUUUCAAAGGCAUCAUGUGGCCAAAAUAUAAAGACAAAAUAAUUAACUUUGGUAAAAUGACUCGUAUUUUGAGUUUCCAACUUGCUUCUUAGUUUUUAAACUGUACUAACCAUUAAAUUAAUGAAAAGUUGAUCAUAGUUUUCAAGCUAUUUUCUUUUUUAGCUUUACAACAAAUGCAGGCACUGCUGGUGAGGAAGAUUUUGGUGCAAAGACAAUGGAUAUAACGUUUGAACCUGGUGAAACGGAAAAGUGGGUAGAAAUCGAUAUAACUGAUGAUAAUCUGUUAGAACCAACCGAAUCAUUUGGAGUAUCCUUGGUGUCUUCUUCUGUAGAGGCUGUGAAAUUGGGAAAUCCAUCUUCUGUGAAUAUUCUUGAUAAUGAUG